AUGGCACCCAAUCCCAAAGGCAAUGCGAACACGCGCACAACCUCAAUCAGAAGUGCCCGCCUGGCUAAGAAAGCCGAUGAUGCCAAGAUCAUCGCCGAAGCCACCGCUGCCAUCCUCACCGCCGUAGCCGAGGCCAAGACUAAACAACGUCCUCUCGCCCCGCCAUUUGAACGCCUGCCUACUCGAUCACAGCUGCCAGAGUAUUACCAAACCAUCAAGGAUCCCAUCGAUAUCGAUACGAUUCGCAAAAAAGCUAGCCGGAAGGAAUACCCCUCGGUGGCCGCACUUGUCGAAGACUUUCAGCGCCUGUUUUACAAUACCCAGGUCUUCAAUUCUUCUCGGAGUCUCAUUUAUAAGGACAGCCGAACAUUAACCAACGUCGUCCGUCGCGCCGCUGCAGCUUUUGUCCCUGAGGACGAGCUGCCCCAGGUCGUGGUCUUUGGUGGUGCAGCCAAGCCCGCCCCCCUUCCCGCUCCUGCUACACCAGCCACUCGCGUGCCCAGCGCCACCGGGCCGGAUGCAACCGUCUCCCCCACCGCUGCCGGCGGAACAGCCUCACCCACACCCGCAAUCGACCAUGUGGUCGUGGCUGCCCUCACCGAGCUGAUUCCAAAUAUCAACGCACGCGUCCUCGUGGUUGAUGGCAACACCGGCAAGCCCCCGCUUCGGGCUAGCCAUAAUCCCUGCUGGCGAACCUUGGCCAGCUAUUUGAACAAACAUCCCAGUUUCCGCCUUGCCCAGGAAGCCGAUCAAAAAAUCGUUGACACAAUUCGCGCUGAUCACGGCCUCGAUAUCAAGGGGGCUGUCGACCUGCUCAAGGCCCAGCUCCUGCCCGUGUCAACCGCCAAGACACCCCCCACACAAGCACCCAGCGCCACGCAGCCGAGCAAAAAGGUGAAAAACACUCCAGUUCGCACGCCAAGCCUGAACCAGAACAAGACGGCCAAGUCGACAAAGAAAACUCCAAAACGCGCACCGGCCACAACACCGACGGUCGGCAGUGGCUCGCCCUUGGCCGCCGCUGAUGCACCGACGUGUCCAACUUCAACGCCCAAAGAAAAGCUGGCUGAUCUCAUGGCGGCAGCUGAUGCCUAUCAAGCCUCCUUCCCUAACAACAAUUCUGCAGCUCAAGAAACCGAGGCCUUCAAUCUCACCGUGCGCGAUCUUUUUGCUCGACAUGUUCUGUCGGUGCGCUCCACCAUUCGCUUUCGUGGAGUCAUGGGCCGACUCGACGCUGAGGGAAUAUUUCGCCUUGCCAAUGGCCACCCGUUUCCCACCCCAGCCACGAUGGGUUUGAUUAUGGAGGAUGGAGGGUUUGCCAGCAAUCGCUGGGAGCCGGUGCGCCUUGAUCAAAAAACCUUGGCGCAGCUGCAGGCAUCGGCAUCGCGAAUCGCAAAGGCGGCCACUCUCAAAGCCGCCAAAGCCACGGCGGCUGCUCGUGCCCAUGAAGACGAAGCCAUGGAUAUUGACGAGCAAGAAGACUUUUUGCAUCUGAAUUUGGUCGACAAGUGGACAUCGGCGGAUCAAGAGCGUUACUCGCAUCGUCUUGGUUUAGCUGUUGCCAGCGAUCAUGAAUGCCCUUUAGAUUUAUGCUUUGCCUGCGGGUCCAACGGGCAUCUUAUCGACCAAAGCCGCAAAGGUCGCAAAAGAUCUGGCGAGGCAUUAAAGCGAGCCAGCUCGUCGGCGCCCGUAACCCCUGUCAAGUCUGAAUCUGGGCUUGACGCAUGUCCCAAUGCCCCACUGGCUGGCAAUGGUAUACCCAACGCUAGUGUUGAACCACUUCAAGCGACAACGGAGCAAAGCACUACCCAACCGUCUAAAGCUCAGCCGGAACCCAGCGCUCACACGGCGAUUGAAGAGCAAUGCCAGAUGGCUGUCAGCUACUCGGCUCGGCUGUGGCAGUGUAAAAAUUGUCAAACGUGUGACGUUUGCACCCGUAUCGAGCCCACACAGCACCUGCUUAGCUGCGACGUUUGUGGCGUGCACCGCCACGCGGCUUGUGCCAGUGCCGCCACACCCAGCUACAUGCUAGCCACGCAGCGAUGGGUCUGUACCGACUGCGUACAGUGCGAACACUGCGGUGCCACCGAUGUCCGCGGCCAUCGCCCCGAUCCCAAACUGCGAGAGGAGCCAACUUGGCAAUGUGACUUUCGUCUCUGCUUUGACUGCGGUCUCAACAAACUUCGGGGCAACUUCUGCCCUGUGUGCGGCAAGACCUACCGUGGAGAUGAUUAUGAUGUGAAGAUGGUGGGCUGUGAUCGUUGUGACCGAUGGUUACAUGCUGAAUGUGAUGAUAUUGAUGAGGCUCGCUACCAUCUUCUGACCUUCGUCCCCAGCAGCAUGUCGUACUUUUGUCCCGACUGCCGGCGCUCCGAUGCAAAUGCCAGCAGUGUUAAGGAGUUGUUUGAAGCCGCUGGCUCUGUCAUGCAUGAGCGUGUGGGCCAAGCAUUGGAGCGAGCAACACGGUCUUCUUCUGCCUGGGUGCUUAAAGUAUUACCAGAGGGCAUGACUUUGGAUGCUGAAAAUGGGAAGCUUCCCGACUUUCUACCAGAUGGCGUGUCCGACUUUCAAUCUCUUUAUGAACGCGUUCAAUCAAAGGGCUUCGCUUCUCCGCAGGAGUUCAUUCGAGUUUUUGGCGACAAUGACAAACGCUGCCGAGCUAUCACGUCCUUUUGGGGCGUGCUCAACACGGAGCUGGGUCGCUCCAUCGACUUGAGCUUGGACCCUUUGCCGGAGCGUGGACAAGAAUUAUCCGUGCUAGCGGCCAUGGCAGGUACGGCCAAGACCAUUUCAGCAGCCCCAUUGACAACAAGCCCACCGGCUUCGCCGCGUCAUUCGCAUCAAGCAUCCGACCGGACCUCGCCGUGGCCCGACUCACCAGUUGUGACGUCAACCCCAACCGCCGCACGCGCCACCCAAGGGCUUGGCCCCAAGGACGCACCUUCCUCAACACCAGCCUCGCCCACAACACGUGAGAAUAUCGAUUUGCAGCAUCAAGUAAAGGCUGCAUCACAACGAACCAUUCCCAUUCCUUCCUUGCAAUCGCCCAAGCUCAAGGAUGGCCAGCCAUCUUGCCCCGAGCAACUGCAGCCAGCGUCUUCCUCGACAAGCCAAACACCCCUGAACAGCAUUCCAGUACCCACUCUAUCCGGGCAGUUUCGGAGCACCCUGCCCAUCCCUUCCCCCCCUAAGCCAGCCUCGGAGACGACUUUGGCGUCAGACAUACCAACUGCAAAACCGCCAUCAUUUCUUAGACGGCCCUCGCUAUCAGCCAUUGAAGAGCCUUUGCUGGACUAUGUACGCUUCGUCAACCCAGCAUUGUCGGUGGACAUGUUCCGCCACGUCCUUGCCCUCUUUCAUGAAUACCAAACGACCUGUACUCCCGGGCACCAAGGCAAUGCUACAAGGGUCCUUCAGGGGUUUGGCCUGCAGCCCGAGCACGUACAAGCAGGCCUAGAGAUUUUGGCUCGCACCUGGAUUCACGUCAAUUGUCUUUUGUGGUCGCCGGAGGUGUAUGAGGGCCCACAUGGCCUUUGCCGUGCACGCGCUGCCACCCGUCGUGGUCGCUUGAUCAUGUACUGCGAUCAGCACCGCGAGUACGGAUGCAGGCAAGAGAAGCUACAACCAUCGGCUACGGCACUCACACCGGGCAAAUUUCGCGUGGAACGUCAUAUUGUGGUUGAACACCAAAGCGGCAGCCGUGAAGGCGAGGGCGAGCAGCUUGAGGCGGUUAAUCGCACACUUUCACUCUUGCCGUCGCCUCAGCAACUGGCGCUGGCUCUGCUGGCACGCUUCCCCCCAAAGCGUGUUGUUUUUCCGUCUGAGCUUCUUCAGAAGCUGCAGGCCACGGCACAAAAAUCACUUCGCCUGCCCCAAAUUUGCAUUGGCGCUUUCAAGCUGCUUUGGCCUGGGUCCAUGGCGGAGCAUUGCGAGGGCCUGUACUCGGACAAGCUGCUCCUGCCUAACAACUAUUUGGCGUGUCGCCGGUUUUGGGACAUCAAUGACGUGUUAAACAACCGCCUGAACCUGACAUCAUAUUACAUGCGUGUCUGGGCUUGCCGACGAACGGAUGACCCAGCACCGGAGGAUCCCGAUGAAGCUCCAAUGGGAGCCGCACGGUGUGAGGCGCACGACUUGCAAGCAGCCCGCAAGCUCGCGCGGUCGUCGCUGCCUCGUGCCGGGGCCGAAAGCACGGAUGGGGAUGCCCGUCACGAUCGCAAGGUCUCCUCCGUGUCAACGGAAAUGAACGACAAGACGCUCUUUCGCCUCUCAAAGCAAAUGCUGGCUACCACGGUGCGCGUGAGUCAUUCAAAGAUCCACGGUAUCGGGUUGUUUGCUUUGCGACCACUCAAGCCAGGCGAGAUGAUCAUCGAGUAUGCGGGCGAGCAAAUCCGUCCCGAACUGACGGACAAGCGUGAAGCGUACUACGACUCGCGCGGAAUCGGCUGCUACAUGUUUCGAGUUGAUGCAAACCUGGUAGUGGAUGCUACCCUGACGGGCAAUCCGGCGCGCUUUGUGAACCACUCGUGUGAUCCCAAUUGCGCUUCGCGGAUCAUCCAAACAGAUGUGGGCAAGCACAUUGUAAUCUUCGCUGAGCGAAACAUUGCGGUGGGCGAGGAGCUGACCUACGACUACAAGGUAUGA